CGGAUGGAAACAGGAGUGGGCAUCCGCUGCGCUGCACGAAGAAGAAACUUCGAGGAAAGAUGCACGAAGAGGAGGAUGGCAGCGACACAAACUCCUGCACAGCUCCACGGAUCGUGGCCUGCAAGUCUCUGGAUGUGGCCGAAAUCGAAGGAGCGAAGGAGCAGGCCUCCAAGCUGUGCGGCUUCUUGAACAAACUGUCCGGCAAGGGGCCUCUGAGGGGGUACAAGCCGAGGUGGUUCGUGUACGAUCCGAGAAAAUGUUAUUUGUAUUACUUCAAGACUCCCCAAGAUGCCUUGCCGCUCGGACACAUCGAGAUCGGCGAUGCGUGCUUCAGCUACGAUGUGGAGGGGGAAGAGGGUCAGUUUGAGAUCUGCACCACCGGGAAGGAGUUCCUCCUGAAGGCCCCCAGCAGGCAGGUGAUGCAUUUCUGGCUCCAGCAGUUGCAGCAGAAGCGUUGGGAGUACAGCAACACACGAGGCUCUGGUCAGAGAGACAGCUGGAGCUCCCCGACCCUGGCCUACCCUCCCACAGGCCUCGUAGGCAAAGAUAAUGAUGCAGUUGUCUUUGAGAAGCUAAGUGACAGCAUGGAGAAAGUCCGCAGCGACUUUGCAAUGGAGACAGAAACAGACGGUGGGGGAAUGGUGGGGAUCCAGUCAGCCAGAGGGCCUUCUGCUGCCUCCACACACCCCCUCAACUUCUCCCUCAGAAACUUUGGUACAGAACUCAGGAACUCCAUGUCUUAUCUGCGGCCAGGCAGAGGAGGAGAGAGCAGACGCAGUGUGUUUUAUACCGGCAACAACAACAGCAGCAGUGCAGAGGACUGGGAGCUGGUGGAUGCUCCACCCAAGGACUUCCCUGAACAGAAAGCUCAUCCAGACACACACAGACAUUCCUUUGGAUCGUCAUUUACUUUCGACUUUGUGCGCAACCCAAAUCGGGCUAAAAGGCCUUUGGGGCUAAAAGACAUGAUGGGCUCCGGGAGGUUCGGGCGUAAUACUGAGACACGCAGUGCUGAAAACUCCCCGGUGGAGUGUAAUGGCAGCAAACCUUUGGAGAUGCAGCUUCGCCUUCACAGCCAACAGGAAGAACUGAGCCGCAUGCAGCAGGAACAAGUCAAACUCAGAGAGGAGCUGGCCAGUCAGAAGGAGCUGGUGAGACUUCUGCAGCAGACCCUGAGAACCUCCCAGUGCGACAGGCAACCAGUGCGCCGUCCACCCCCGGCUCCAGACUCCGCUGCCACUCCAGACCAGAAUCAAGGCUCUGCAGUGAUCCAGGAAGAGGUCACCCAGAUGGAGGGCCUGCUUCAGGAAAGAGAUGGACAGAUCCAGUCCCUGUGUGGCCACAUGGAGCGUCUCAGCUUGGAGAAGGACAGUCUGCAACAGGAGCUGAAGGGCCUGAAGAUUAAGGUGGGGGAGAUAAACGAUCAGCUGGGGAUGCUGAUGGAGACCAUCCAGGCUAAGGAUGAAGUCAUCAUCAAGCUGUCGCAGGAGAGCUCUGAGCAGAGCGGCAAUCAAACCGACGGUUCACCACCUCCUAAUAAAGAUCAGCAGGAGGUGGACAUCCUCAAGGACAGUCUCCAAGGCUACAAAUCCCAGAACAAGUUCCUGAACAAAGAAAUCCUGGAGCUGACCGUAUUACGCAGAAACUCAGAGUGCAGGGAAAAGGCUUUGGAAGCAAAGUAUACAGCCCUGGAGGCCAAGCUGUGUCAGGUGGAGAGUAAGUAUCUGGUGCUGCUUCAAGAAGUGAAGACCCCAGUGUGUUCGUCUUCAGAGCAGAGCCCAGCCCGAGAAGUCAUCUCCAGAUUGUUAGAGGACGCUCUGCAGGCAGAGAGCUCCGACCAGCAAGAGCACCCCAUCUUUAAACCAAAUACUGUCAGUGAGUAUGACACGUUUGGCUUCAAGACGGUCCCUGAGGAGGAGGAAGAGGAGGAGAAGCUGGUUGCAAAGGUGAGAGCCCUGGAGCUGAAGUCCCUGUCCAUGACGGAUCAGGAGGUGUCUGUCGGGGUGAAGUGGGAGAACUAUCUGGCCGGCACCAUGAACAGAGACCUGGUGCGCUCCCCUGAGCUCAAAGCUCUGAUUCGCUGCGGCGUCCCCCAUGAGCACCGCUCCCAGGUGUGGCGCUGGUGCAUCUCCGUCCAUGUCAAGAAGUUUCGGGACCACUUGGCGGUCGACUACUAUGAGACCUUACUAAAUGUGGCCCGGGACAAGCCCAACCCGGCGUCGAAGCAGAUUGAGCUGGACUUGCUGCGUACUUUGCCCAACAACAAGCACUAUUCAUCCCCGAGUGCAGGCGGCAUCCAGAAACUCAGGAACGUCCUGAUGGCUUUCUCCUGGAGGAAUCCAGAUAUCGGUUACUGCCAGGGGCUAAACAGGCUGGCAGCUAUUGCCUUGCUCUAUCUGGACCAAGAGGACGCAUUCUGGAGCCUUAUUGCCAUUGUGGAGGUCUUCAUGCCAAGAGACUAUUACACCAAGACUCUGCUUGGCUCACAGGUUGACCAGCGUGUGUUCAAGGACCUGAUGAGUGAGAAGCUCCCCCGGCUUCAUGCCCACUUUGAGCAGUAUAAGGUUGACUUCUCCCUCAUCACCUUCAACUGGUUCCUGGUGGUGUUUGUGGACAGUGUGGUGAGCGACAUCCUCUUCAAGAUAUGGGACGCCUUUCUGUAUGAAGGUCCAAAGAUCGUAUUUCGCUGCGCUCUCGCUCUUUUCAAGUACAAAGAGGAAGAGUUUUUGAAGCUGCAGGAUUCCACAGCCAUCUUCAAAUAUCUUAGAUACUUCACACGCACAAUCCUGGAUUCAAGGAAGCUGAUGAACAUCGCUUUUGUGGAUAUGAACCCCUUCCCCAUGCGGCAAAUCCAGAACCGCCGCUCCUUCCACCUGGAGAAAGUCCGUCUGGAGCUGACCGAGCUGGAAGCGAUCAGGCAGACCUUCCUCAGGGAGAGAGAGACGACUCAGGACAGACGCAGCUUCGUCAGUGACGAUGAGGAGGAUAACUGACCUUGAGCUUGUUGCCAUAGCACAAAGACAAAGAGAUCAUCUCCACAUGCCAGUGACAUGUCGCAGGUGUAAAGGGAUUUUUCCAAAAGGAUUGUUGGAGUUCGUCUCCGAACCCUUGCCUGACCAUCAACUCUCUAUACAUUUUGAGAGAAAUCAAAUCAAAAGACCAAAACAUUACAGCCCUAACAGGCUUUCUAUCAGUAUUCCGGCCUUUUUUUUCUUUUCUUUUUUUGUAAAGGAUUUUUGUUGUAUACUUGUGUGUUUAUGUGACCGCCAAAAUAAUAUGUUGUAUCGACGGCUCUUCAACCUUUAAUGCCAUGCUACACUUUGUCGGUCCGAAUCAGUAUUUUUAAAACGUGAUCUUUUAAUAGUUGGCGAUUUUAUGCCUGUUGAAGGAAUGAUUGUAUUUUUUAUUUUACUCGUUUUAUCUUUGCGCUCUCUGCCCCCCAUUCCUUUCAUUCAUGUCUUAAAAUGGUUUACCUAAAAAAAUUUUUUUUUAUUGCCAAUCAACAGCCCUAUGUCCCUCCCUGCACUUGAAUCACUUAUGCUGAAAUUCAAAUGUUGCUGAAAAGUCUUAAAGCCUUGUGAUCACAGUCAUUAUAAAAUUGUACAUAUUUCUCAAGCUUAUAGGGGGAAUACACACAAAGAUGACUUAAAGAUUCCCAUAUAUCCUUAAGAGGGUGGAGCAUUUUGGGGGAAGUAUUUUUUAUUUAUCUCAGGAUUCAGAACAAAUAACUAGAGACAUAAUAAUUAAGCCACCAUAGUAACAGUGUGAGACAGUGUUGUCUGACCAGUUUAUUUGUCCAAAUUUGGGAGAUUUUUUUUCUUAAUGUUUUAUUUUAUACUUAAUUACUUAAUUUCACAAAGACAUGUCUGAAAAGCUCAAACUGUUUUCGUCUACAUGUGUACUGUAAAAGGCCAGUAGAUUUGGUCAGGAGAAUAUUUGAAAUACCAUCAUUGGAUCCUUACAAAUUUCCUGAUUAUCCCACUAUUUUUAUUUUAGUAUAACUAUUAUACAAUCAGUGUAUUCCAAAUUAUUUUCCUUGCCUUGUUUUAGUAAUGUUCUUGAUUUUUCCAAACAUUAGCUUAGGUUGUUUAAAUGAUUCAACUUUACUAAAAUAUGUCCUACAAGCUACACAGUGCAGUUCUGAUGUAAUUGCAUUCAUUGUCCUCAGUGUGGCAGUGUGACAUUUGUGUUUACACCACUUCACAUGUACCCUCCACACAGUAUGAUUUAAAUGUUUUAUUAUAUUGAUAAAAUGGCUGUAAAGUCGGUCUGUCUACAUGAUUGUUGUACAAAAAUGGAAAUAUGAUUUGUUAUCUAUGAGGGACGUGUUUCUGUAGAUUUCUAAACAUGUAGCAACACAUUUUGUCCACAUCCAGGUACUUACAGAAGACUGUUUACUCUUCAGCACUGUGAUCAUAAACUAUAUGAUGCCCGCUUUACAAGUUUUUCCAGUACGAACAAGUUAAUGCUUAGUUGAUGUUUGAAUGGGAAUCUACAGGAGGGGAAGAUGUUUUUCUCACUUCGCCCCUUCUCUUGUGUGCUGAUAUGGUGUUUACAGUUGAACUUUUAAUUUCCUGGAUUUUUAUAUUACUUUAAGCUGCUGACAGAUUUUCCUUCGCUGUUUGUUACAGAAUUGUCUACCUUUUCUUUGCUACAGUAUUGUACACCACAGCACAAUGCCUUGCUUUUUUGUUGGACCUCCUGAACUUGUGAGGAAAGGGCAGACUUGCGAUUGUUUUCAUGAUGGAAAUGUGAAUGAAAAAAUUAGUAGUUGGAAUUUAAUUUGUUUGUCUCCAUGAGAGCAGGUCUCUCUAGAGAUUCAACUUUGAUCGGUUUAAGACAAAAGUUUUCUUGGGUCCACCCAUUUUGUCAAAGGGCUCAUACAGUAGGCUAACUCAUAUUUUAUCUAUUCUAAGGCUAGUUUGCAUGCUUUUUUGUUUUCUCUGUUAUUCUCUGUUUUCAAUUUCAUUUUCACAUGGAAUAAGCUACAUUUAUUAACACCUUUCUUUACUAUUUUCUUUUGCUUUUACCCAGCAAUGUAUUGCACAAGAUUACUUAAGAAUAUAGUAGGGCACUUCACUUCUUUGUAUGUAAAUCUCUCUUCAUUUUUAAUCGGUAUCAUUUAAUGAUGAAAAAUGCAAAGCUUUUAUGUUACACAAUUAUGCCACUGUAUGUUUUUGUAAUAUCAGUCAAAAGACAAAUUCAAUAAACAAUGGCUGACUGAGAUG